AUGAAGGAGCCUCCAAGGGGGCAAGAUGGAGGGGUCUCUGAGGGUAUGGGUAGGGUGGGGAAUCCCGGAAGCCAGUGGCUAGGAGGUCUGCCGAGGGCACGGGCACACCUUCAAGGCCAGAGCCUAAGUCUAAUAGUAAGUCUAAUCCUGAGCCCUGAGCCUCAGCUUCAACCUGAGGCUAAGGCCAAGAAGGGACGUUAG